AUAGAAACACAAAGGGUUAAAGGUUUCUCUUUUCAUUUUGUUUUGGGUUGUGUACUGUACUUUGAACAACUUAUGUAUUUUGUGCUCAAAAUAAAUGUACGUUGAGUACAUGGAAAGUUUUCAUUCCAAAUCAUAGAUUUACAGGAUUAUUGCUUUUGAAAUGCUAAUUCUCAAAAUAGAGCACAUAAUUCUUACCAUCUUAUGUUAAUGCAGGUAGUAUAGCUGAGUGAAACAAAAAGCAUAUAAAGAGACUUUGAUACUUUUAAUAGUGCAAGUCUGUUCUGCUAAUUUUAGUAUGCAAGUCAGCACAAGGGGCAUAAUGGGCCUGAUGGAAGUUUUCCUCAGGUGAGUGAGUUUCACAAGUGAAAAUAAGGCGCCUGUUUGCUUAAAAUUAGAAUCUGUUGCAGGUUUUACAAAUUAGAAUUUCAGCCUGCAUGAAUUAAUAGGGAUAUUAAUUAUUUUACUUGCUUAAUUGUAAUAAUUGAUAUAAACAUGUUUUGUCAGAAUUCACAGGCCCAUACUAACUGUCCUUAAUUUCUUUCCUACAGCAGUACUGCUAUAUGCCAGUCCUGUCUGCAUUCUUAAGGGUGCAGUUCAACACAUCCUGUGUAAAUUAUGGUGAAAAAGUAUUCCAAAGGAAAGUCCUAUCAAAGCUAGUGUCAGAAUGACACUGCCAAUUGGGCAAUGAUCUUCAGUAUAGAAAAUGUUUAAGAAUUUUAUUUUUCCUAAAUUGUAAUGCUAUACUGCUUGUAUAGCAAAUCUGCACAUUUUUUUAGAAUAGUGUGUCCAUGAUAAGUCUCAUUUUUAUAUACUUGGGCUUCCGUAAAGUAUUUAAAAGUUAAAAUAAAAUCUCAAGUUACACAGAAUAAAACAUGGUAUACAAAAAUCUUUUUGCCUGUGAGUAUCAUCGUGAUGGUAAAUGUACUGUAUUACAAUCAACUCCCAAUUGUAAUUGUACCUUCAGAAGAAGAGAGGGUCAAAUAGUAUAAUUUCAUUUUUUUAUAAUAUAAAAAAUGAAGCCCUUCUACAAUAUGACACCUCAAAAUAAAGAACUAGAGGAUUUUUUUUGUCCAAAUUUGUCAAAUGUAUAAACUGGUCUUUAUGCUAAAACAUUUUGAAUCAUUAUCUAGGUAUACUGUAGUUAUUCAUAGUCAGAUAACAAGUAGGAUUUAACAGCUUACACAAGGUAAUGUUUUGAAUAUAAAUAUCUUUCCAAAGUGUUACUAAUGGUAAAGAGAUAAUUUUCUAGGCUUCUAUUCUGCUGCUUGAAGUCAGAACUGCUGAUGGACACAAAGGCACGAAAGUGUACGUAUUCCGGAUUAGCAACCCAGGAACCCAUCACUUCUGAAGACUCUUAACUGUGUUGUCAUUUUAUCAUUUUUAUCUGCUUUAAAAUAUUUGUUUUAAACUGCAGUAGUUAUGUUUGUGUUCAAACAGGUUAAAUUGAUCAACAAACUGAAUAAACGUAAGAUACGUGUAAUUUUUAAAAAAAUUCAAUCAAAAAAGUAAAAUUAAGUGAUUAUGGAAUAAUAUAAUAUUAGAGCAGGACAAUGAAAAAAGUAGAUUUUUUUGAUUAUCCUGUACUUAUUGUAUUCCUGUCCUGUUGCUGUUCUCUUCUGCAGGAGGGAAGACACCUGAUCCUAAAAUGAAUGCCAGAACAUAUAUGGAUGUUAUGCGUGAACAGCAUUUAACAAAAGAAGAGGUUGCGACCCUCACACUAAGGGGUGUAUAUGUUACCUGCUGCAGACAAAUGGAUCCGAGUUGCUGCACCAAGGGAAAUUAGGCAACAACUAGCAGAAAAAGCUAAAGCUGGGGAACUUAAAGUCGUCAAUGGCACCUCCUCCCAGCCACCUUCAAAACGCAAACGUCGUUGGGAUCAAACAGCUGACCAGACUCCUGGUACUACUCCUAAAAAACUAUCCAGUUGGGAUCAAGCAGAGACCCCUGGACAUACUCCUUCUUUGAGGUGGGAUGAAACUCCUGGCCGUGCAAAGGGUAGUGAGACUCCUGGAGCAACCCCAGGCUCAAAAAUAUGGGAUCCUACUCCCAGUCAUACACCAGCAGGAGCUGCAACCCCUGGACGGGACACACCUGGUCAUGCAACUCCAGGCCAUGGAGGUGCAACUUCCAGUGCACGUAAAAAUCGAUGGGAUGAGACCCCCAAAACAGAAAGAGAUACACCGGGACAUGGCAGUGGAUGGGCUGAGACUCCUCGAACAGAUCGAGGUGGUGAUUCAGUUGGUGAAACCCCAACUCCUGGAGCAAGUAAAAGGAAGUCACGUUGGGAUGAAACACCUGCUAGCCAAAUGGGUGGUAGUACUCCCGUUUUGACACCUGGCAAAACACCAAUUGGUACACCAGCCAUGAAUAUGGCAACCCCUACGCCAGGUCAUAUAAUGAGCAUGACUCCUGAACAGCUGCAGGCAUGGCGCUGGGAAAGAGAAAUAGAUGAGAGAAACCGGCCACUAUCUGAUGAAGAAUUGGAUGCCAUGUUCCCAGAGGGAUAUAAGGUUCUUCCCCCUCCAGCUGGUUAUGUGCCUAUUCGUACUCCAGCUCGCAAACUUACAGCAACUCCCACGCCAUUGGGUGGUAUGACUGGAUUCCACAUGCAAACAGAAGAUAGGACCAUGAAGAGCGUUAAUGACCAACCAUCUGGAAAUCUUCCAUUCCUAAAACCAGAUGAUAUUCAAUAUUUUGAUAAACUAUUGGUUGAUGUUGAUGAAUCAACGCUUAGUCCAGAAGAACAGAAAGAAAGAAAAAUAAUGAAAUUGCUCUUGAAAAUAAAGAAUGGUACACCUCCAAUGAGAAAAGCUGCUUUGCGUCAGAUUACCGAUAAAGCUCGUGAAUUUGGAGCAGGUCCGCUGUUUAAUCAGAUUCUACCUCUGCUGAUGUCACCAACACUUGAAGAUCAAGAACGUCACUUGCUUGUCAAAGUUAUUGAUAGAAUCUUAUACAAACUGGAUGAUUUGGUCCGACCAUAUGUACACAAGAUUCUUGUGGUCAUUGAACCACUGCUGAUUGAUGAAGACUACUAUGCGAGAGUGGAAGGCAGAGAAAUUAUAUCAAACUUGGCUAAGGCUGCUGGUUUGGCUACAAUGAUCUCCACCAUGCGACCUGAUAUUGAUAACAUGGAUGAGUAUGUCCGAAAUACAACAGCUCGAGCCUUUGCUGUUGUUGCCUCUGCUUUAGGCAUUCCUUCUCUGUUGCCCUUCUUGAAAGCUGUAUGUAAGAGCAAAAAAUCCUGGCAAGCUAGGCACACUGGCAUCAAGAUUGUACAGCAAAUUGCUAUUCUUAUGGGCUGUGCUAUCUUGCCUCAUCUCAGAAGUUUGGUUGAAAUCAUUGAACAUGGUCUGGUGGAUGAGCAGCAGAAAGUGCGCACGAUCAGUGCUUUGGCGAUUGCUGCUUUGGCUGAGGCAGCUACUCCUUAUGGUAUUGAAUCAUUUGACUCCGUUCUAAAGCCCUUGUGGAAGGGCAUACGUCAGCACAGAGGAAAGGGUCUGGCUGCCUUUUUGAAAGCUAUUGGGUACCUUAUCCCUCUUAUGGACGCUGAGUAUGCCAACUACUAUACCAGAGAAGUAAUGCUAAUCCUUAUCCGAGAGUUCCAGUCUCCUGAUGAAGAAAUGAAAAAAAUUGUGUUAAAGGUAGUAAAGCAGUGUUGUGGUACAGAUGGCGUUGAAGCCAACUACAUUAAAACAGAGAUUCUGCCGCCGUUUUUCAAACACUUUUGGCAGCACAGAAUGGCACUGGACAGACGAAAUUACAGACAGUUGGUUGAUACCACAGUGGAGCUGGCAAACAAAGUCGGAGCAGCAGAAAUUAUUUCCAGGAUUGUGGAUGAUCUGAAAGAUGAGGCUGAACAGUACAGAAAAAUGGUUAUGGAAACAAUUGAAAAAAUAAUGGGGAACCUGGGUGCAGCAGACAUUGACCAUAAACUAGAAGAACAACUUAUUGAUGGUAUCCUGUAUGCCUUCCAGGAACAGACCACAGAGGACUCUGUGAUGUUGAAUGGCUUUGGCACAGUGGUUAAUGCUCUUGGCAAACGAGUUAAACCAUACUUGCCCCAGAUCUGUGGUACAGUUUUAUGGCGUUUGAACAACAAAUCAGCCAAAGUUAGGCAGCAGGCUGCUGACCUGAUCUCACGUACUGCAGUUGUCAUGAAGACUUGUCAAGAGGAAAAACUGAUGGGACACUUGGGUGUUGUCCUGUAUGAGUAUCUGGGUGAGGAAUACCCUGAAGUAUUAGGCAGUAUACUUGGAGCACUUAAAGCCAUUGUGAAUGUUAUAGGUAUGCACAAGAUGACGCCACCAAUUAAAGACCUGCUGCCAAGACUCACACCUAUCUUGAAAAACAGACAUGAGAAAGUACAGGAGAAUUGUAUCGACCUAGUUGGGCGUAUUGCUGACAGGGGUGCAGAAUAUGUUUCUGCAAGGGAAUGGAUGAGGAUCUGUUUUGAACUGCUGGAGUUGUUAAAAGCUCACAAGAAAGCUAUCCGACGAGCCACAGUGAACACUUUUGGUUAUAUUGCAAAAGCUAUUGGACCCCAUGAUGUGCUGGCUACACUGCUAAAUAACCUGAAAGUACAGGAAAGACAGAACAGAGUAUGUACUACAGUAGCAAUUGCUAUUGUAGCUGAAACAUGCUCACCUUUCACAGUACUGCCUGCUCUGAUGAAUGAAUACAGAGUUCCAGAACUGAAUGUCCAGAAUGGUGUAUUAAAAUCUCUUUCUUUUCUGUUUGAAUACAUUGGAGAGAUGGGAAAAGAUUACAUUUAUGCUGUUACACCAUUGCUUGAAGAUGCUUUAAUGGACAGAGACCUUGUACACAGACAAACAGCCAGUGCUGUGGUGCAGCAUAUGUCUCUUGGAGUAUACGGAUUUGGCUGUGAGGAUUCUCUGAAUCACUUGUUAAAUUAUGUGUGGCCCAAUGUGUUUGAGACAUCUCCUCACGUCAUUCAGGCAGUUAUGGGUGCACUGGAGGGCCUAAGAGUUGCCAUUGGACCGUGUAGAAUGCUGCAAUAUUGUUUACAGGGUUUGUUUCACCCUGCCAGGAAAGUCAGAGAUGUGUAUUGGAAGAUUUAUAAUUCAAUCUAUAUUGGCUCACAAGAUGCCCUGAUAGCACAUUAUCCAAGAAUCUACAAUGAUGAAAAGAACACCUACAUUCGUUAUGAACUUGACUACAUCUUAUAAUCUUAUUGUUCAGUCGUUUGUGUUUAAUGCACAGCUGUUCCACACUUAAACUUGCUUCAAAUUUGGCGAUGUAAAAUUUUAAAAUGUUGCAGAUCAGUAUUGAGCUGGUCAGAGGAGGAGCUAGAAAUCCAUUAGCAUGAUUUUUAAAUAAUCUGUCCUUUUUUUUAUGUUAAACAGUUAAAGCCAGUAGUGACCAAGAACACAGUGUGAUUACACAAUGUACUGGAGGGAUUUCAUUUUGGAUUCAUCUUUAUGAAGAUUUAGAUUUCAUUCCUUGUGUUUAAAGGGGAUGUUUAUUUGAGAAAUAAACAUUUGUGUAUAAAAUACUAAUUUGUGUGUGUGUUUUUGGACAGAGAGGCUUGUGAAACGAAUCUCUUUGAUAGAUUGUUAUGCAUUUGUUUAUGUAAAAAAGGUGGCGUACAUUUUAACCCUCAUUUUGUUAUCCCCUAGUUUUGAAUAAAUAAGAAAAAUGUA